AUGGCAAAGCGCAAAUCAGGUCAGUGAUGCAGGAGACGGGGAUGCCGUCAUCGUCGCGUGUUCGUUCGUUCAUCUGUGCGCUGUCCCUCGCUGUCCCCGGUCGACCGUCGCAGCUCAACGCCAUUACUUGAUCGGCAACGGGCUCGACCCGGAUACUCGACAAGCGUCGACGGCGCGUCUUGGCGCGUACUCUAUUCCCCACCCCCGUUCGACCUCGUCGCGUUCGACCUCGUCGACUCUGACGCCAAUGCCUUCGAGUGAUGUCCUCGGACUCGGUGUGGCUGGGGAUGCGGUGAAUGCGGUCGUCGCCGACGCGGCGCUGCAGCUGCUGGCUGGAGGCGCGACGAGCAGCCAUUCGCGCGUCGCAGCCAAGCGCCGUCGACGCACCAACGGUCAGGCCGGUCAGGGCCCUCGUCGAUUCUCGCGACACCCGUCCGACGAUCUGCUGCACCAAGACGACGACGGCCACGACGAUGGAGCCUCCUCUUCGCCUUCCUCAUCCCUUUCAUUACGAUCCUUAGCUACUACCCAUACCCUCAAAUCAUCGCACGUGCAGAGCUUGGCGCACCUCCCCGCCGAUAUUCUGUUGAGGAUCGCCGACCUGCUUCAACCGAUCCUGUCCCCUUUUCGAGCCGACGGCGACACCGACGGGCUGACUGUCUCGGGCGAUGGCGAUGGUGGUCCUUCACUCUCUUCGCAAUGGAUUGAUCCAGGCACCGACGUCAUCAAUCUCCGAUCGACGUGUAGGGCCAUCUACUUGGCCAUCGAACCUUUGCGAGGCACCGUAUCCGGCGUCCGGCUACAACAGGGAGAACACCCCGGCGGCGUGCGAGUCCUCACCAACUUUCCCCUAGGCAAGAGAGCGAUCGAUCCAAGUGGCGAUGGAAGCGAGCUCGUGAUAGCUCGCACACGGCAUCUGUGGAUUCAUUCGACUCUGCCGAGGAAUGCCACGGACUCGAGCAUAUUCGCCGCCUCUACGAUCUGUGGUUUGAUCGAGGGGAUGCCCCGACUGCGUACCUUUGCGCUCGUCCAAGCGACCGAGGACGAGGUCGUCUUUGGCUCGCCGUAUACGGCCUUGCCGCUCCAUCGCAAGAUCUUCUCCUCGCUCUCUCGGCUGGAGCGAUUGCACUCGCUUUACUUGUGCGGUGUCAAGUUACAAGCCCGCGCGCCCGUCUUCCCGCACGUGACCACACUGGUUUUGAACGCAUGUCAUGACUGCCCACUCGAAUUGAUCUCGACGUGCCCCAAGUUGGAAAUCGUCAAGGCGUGGAGAGAUUUUGCUUUGAGAGCGCAAUUGGAGAUGGCGGGCAAGUGGUGGCCUGAACAGAGGUGGAUGACGGUCAAGCAUGCGGAACUUAGGGGGUUUAGUGGGGUGACGGGAAGUGUGUUCCGGCUUAGUUGGCUGCGGAACCUCAUGGUACGUAGGGUUAUACUUCCACUCCCUGUACGCGGCUUAACACCAUACAUGUCGUUACAACACCCCCCACACAGACCCUUCGAGCCCUCCCCACCCCACCCGUGAUCCCCCUCAUCUCCCUCCGCCUCUGCGAAGCCUACGACUACACCGACCUGUGCCAUCUCAUCUUACCCGCCAUAGCCCAUCUGCCCCACCUCACUUCCUUCACCUGUAUGGUCUGGAAGGAUCGAAAUUUCGGUCCGACGCUUUUGGGCAAGAUCGCGGGGGAUUUGCCGAAUUUGGUUCAUUUGGGUUUGUUGUUGGAGAAUGAGGGUACAAAUUGGUGGCCCGGGGAUAUGGUCAGUGUUUUGAUCACACUUUUUUCAUUGUGAUCUGACCCGACGGAGAGCUGAGAUUAACAUUUGGUAAGCUCACAGGGGAAUUACGGGCACGAACUGAUGCGCUUCAAGAAACUCGAGACCUUUACUUGGAACUUUACUGCCGUCAGUCGUGAAAGAUCAUCAUCACGCACUCUUCUCUCUCACUCCUCUAAGCGCCCCUUUACUGAAUGGACCUCCUUCUUUUUUCCAUGUACCUCAGUACGUCGGCCUCGACUGGGCCGCCACGAGGGAAACCAGUCUCUUCGUCAUACAGUCCCUCCUUUGCCACGUAGGACCCAAGUUCAAACGCCUUCACUGGCUCCAACAAUCGGAGUACGUCCUUCGAUCGUCGAUAACGAGCAAAUGGGUUUGGUCGGAUGAUGUGAUUGAACGGAGUUUGUUGGAGGAGGAGGGUGGGAUUCUGGAUGAUGUUGAUGGGGUGGGGCAGGGCAGGGACGGGAAGGAGAAUAGGGUCGAUGAUGGGACGGUGGGGGCCGGGGUGCCGAAACGAAAGAGAGGGAUCGGAGGAACGGCGAGGAAGAAGUUGUUCGAUGUUGCGAGUAAGGGAGUGGUGGGAGGUGGGGGUGGGCGAAAGAGAGCUCCGAGUCGGUGGGCUUUAGGGAUCGAUUGGGAGCAGCAGGAAGAGGGGAGUUUGGAUGCGGAGCCGGAUUCGUGA